UGGCGCGCGGCGGAGAGAGCGGAGGGGAGUGGGCCAUGGCGGCGCGCGCGGGCCCUCCGCAGCGGGGGACCUGGGAGACCCGGAUGGCCCUUCUCUCGGCGCCCGCGCGGCUGCUGCUGCUGCUGCUCCUCUGGCUGCCGGGCCUGGCGGAUGCAUCUUGUUGUUACCUUGCAAAGGGUAACUUAAUGUGUCGAGAUGUUUGCGAACAGAUUUUGACAUCCAAAAGUGACUCUCAUUUGAAACACCUUCUACAACGUGCACCUGAAUAUUGUCCAGAAUCAAUGGGUGAAGUUUGGGGCUGUAUAAAUUCUUCUUUGCCAGGUGUUUUGAAGAAAUCUGAUGGCUGGGUUGGCUUAGGUUGCUGUGAGCUAGCCAUUGUUGUUGAAUGUCGACAAGCAUGUAAACAGGCAUCUUCAAAAAAUGGUAUUUUGAAAAAUUGCAGAAAAGAAUAUGAGAAUGCCCUUUUUAAUUGCAUCAACAGAAAUGAAAUGGGAUCAGUUUGUUGCAGUUAUGCUGGUCAUCAUACCAACUGUCGAGAAUACUGCCAAGCAAUCUUUCGAACAGAUUCUUCUCCAGGUCCUUCUCAGAUAAAAGCUGUUGAAAGUUACUGUGCUUCUGUUAGCCCACAGUUAAUUCAUUGUGUGAAUAACUACACACAAUCAUAUCCAAUGCGAAACUCCACAGAUAGUUUGUUCUGCUGUGAUAGAGCUGAGGAUUAUGCCUGCCAAACGGCUUGUAAAAGGAUUCUGAUGUCAAUGAAAACAGAACUUGAAAUUGUGGAUGCACUUAUUGAUAGCUGUAAAACAAUGCCUCUUCCGCAGGACCCUCUCUGGCAGUGUUUCUUGGAGAGCUCAAGAUCUGUUCACCCUGGAGUCACAUUACAUCCUCCACCUUCAACAGGCCUAGAUGGUGCUAAGUUGCACUGUUGUUCCAAAGCAAAUACUUCCAUGUGCAGAGAUUUAUGCACGAAGCUUUAUAGCAGCAGCUGGGGCAAUACACAGACUUGGCAAGAAUUUGAUCGCUUCUGUGAGUAUAAUCCUGCUGAAGUUUCCAUGCUGACCUGUUUAGCAGAUGUACGUGAACCUUGUCAACUGGGCUGUAAAAAUCUCACCUACUGCACUAAUUUUAAUAACAGGCCAACUGAACUCUUUAGAAGUUGCAAUGCCCAAUCGGACCAAGGAGCUAUGAACGAUAUGAAACUGUGGGAGAAAGGGAGCAUUAAGAUGCCAUUUAUUAAUAUUCCUGUUCUUGAUAUUAAAACAUGCCUACCACAAACAUGGAAAACCAUUGCUUGUUUGCUGCAGAUUAAACCUUGUCACAGUAAAUCAAGAGGAAGCAUCAUUUGCAAAUCAGAUUGUGUGGAAAUUCUCAAAAAAUGUGGAGACUUAAGUAAAUUUCCAGAGGGACAUAUGGCUGAAAGUGUUUGUGAACUUUUAUCUCCAACCGAUGAUUUGGAAACUUGCAUACCCCUAGAUACAUAUCUUCAUCCAAGUUCUUUGGAUAAUAUAGAAGAUGUUACUCACCCCUGUAACCCAAAUCCUUGUGCUGCCAAUGAGUUGUGUGAAGUAAAUAGAAAAGGAUGUCAGCCUGAUGAACCAUGCCUUCCAUAUUUUUGUGUGCAGGGCUGCAAAUUGGGCGAAGCUUCUGAUUUUAUUGUCCGCCAAGGUACACUCAUUCAGGUUCCAUCUUCUUCAGGAGAGGUUGGUUGCUACACAAUUUGUACAUGCAGUCAAAGUGGACUUUUGGAAAAUUGUAUGGAAAUGCACUGUGUUGACCAUCAAAAGUCAUGCAUUGUUGGAGGGCAAAGAAAAAGCCAUGGAACAUCUUUCAAGAUAGACUGCAAUGUCUGCUCUUGUUUUGCUGGAAAUUUGAUAUGCACAACCCGCCAGUGUCUAAAUGAAUACAGCUCGGAUGAUGAACGCCGAAAAUCUACGGGUCUACCAUGUAAUUGUGAAGAUGAAUUUGUCCCAAUGUGUGGGCACAAUGGACGAACCUAUCCAAGUGUGUGCAUAGCACGUUGCGUUGGGCUUCAGGACAAUCAGCUUGAAUUUGGGUCCUGCACAUCUCCUUGCAAAUCUAAUCCUUGCCUAAAAAAUCAGAGAUGCAUACCAAAGCCACAGGUUUGCUUAACCAGUGUUGAGAAAUUUGGAUGCAGUCAGUAUGAAUGUGUGCCCAGGCAAUUCAGUUGUGGUGACCAGUUGCGAGAUCCUGUUUGUGACACAGACAAUGUAGAAUAUGCAAACCUGUGUACUCUACAUCAGAAAGGAAAAAGUAUGUCAUACAAAGGUCCAUGUCAGUCUUUUUGCAGCUCAGUAGAUUUGGUAUGUGGCCAUAAUGGUGAAACCUACAGCAAUGUAUGUGCUGCCUAUUCUGAUCGUGUUGCUGUAGAUUACAGUGGACCUUGUCAAGCUGUAGGAGUCCUUUCUGACUAUAGUUACCAAGGAGAAUGUGCAUCUGUUACAUGUCCUCAUCUUUCAGAUAUUGGAUACAGGCCAGUUACUCCACCAGGAGCAUGCUGUCCCCUAUAUGCAGGGAUGCUGCGGGUUUUAUAUGACAAGGAAAAGCUGGAUAUCUUUGCCAGGGUAACCAAACGUCCAAUUACAGUACUUGAAAUACUGCAAAAAAUUCGUCUCCAUGUUUCUGUACCACAGUGUGAUGUAUUUGGAUACUUCAGCAUAGAAUCUGAAAUUGUGAUACUCAUCGUUCCUGUUGAUCAGAAUCCCAAGCCACUUCAGAUUGAAGCCUGCAAUAAAGAAGCAGAAAAGAUUGAAUCACUGAUCAACUCCGACAGUCCUGCUUUAGCAUCCCAUGUGCCACUCUCAGCACUUAUAGCAGCCCAAGUGGAAAUUUCGUUUGGAGUUUUGUCUUCCUGCAGUCAAGUUGGGCCAGCAUUGCAUUUGCUCUUUUGGAGCUUUAUGGUCGCUUUCUCGGCCACACAAUGUAGGACAUAGUGGCAAAAAAACUAGUUAUUGUUGUGGGAUUUUGUAUUUGUUUUGCGAAAGACAUUCAGAACUGCUGAUAACCUAUAUAUCUUUUUGAGAAUUGGCAACUUGAUCAGAGUUGUCUCUCCACCCACUUCCACAAAGAAUAUUUAUCAUCACUAGAGUAGUAUACAUAAUACAGCAAACUUUUAAAAUUAUCAAACAAGUAGUCAUUUACCCUGAAAGCAGUUUGCAGAGAUAAGGAUAGAGCCCACUGCAUGUGUAUUCAUUUCUUUAAGCCCUCUGUUGUUUGGUCAGACAUAUUUAAUGCUUCAAAAAUUAGCAACGUUUGCCUGAAUAGUGGCAGGACAAAAGAAAUGAACACAGUUGUCAAUUACUCUAGCAUAUUGCUUUCACUUCUCUGGAAAACAGUUUUCAAAUCUUAGAGGACAACUUACAAGCAAAAAUCAACACAAUUCAGACAGUCUAACUGUACAUGUUUAUGGGAAGAACACUACAUUGUACUUGGUGCUGCUUCAAGUUGACUGUGUUCCUAGUACUUUUUUGUGACUAUGCAUACUUCAAAACAUAGUUUUGAACACAAAAAGCAUAGUUUAUCCAAAGAUGUUUAUGCAUAACAUGAUAUUUUGCACAACUCUAUUGGGAGGCUCCUAUAUAUAGGAGCCUCCCAGCAGGAUAUAAGAGUAUGCAUUUUGUCAAAUAGUCAAUGGAAAUACAUAUCUUCUUCUAAUAAUAAUAAACUUUAUUUCUACCCCGCCACCAUCUCCCUGAUGGGGACUCGGAGCAGCUUACAUAGGGCCAAGCCCGGACAACUUAAUACAGCAAUAAAAUCGAAGCAUAUACAUCAGACAACAACAUUAUCAAAAUGACAUUAAAAUAAUAAUAAAAUAAUAAUAGUAGUAAUAAAAUAAAAUAAAACAAAAAUUCCAAUAGACACAAUCACGAUAGAGAUGACAAUAAUAAAAUAGUAAUAGUAGUAAUAAAAUAAAAUAAAAUAAAACAAAAAUUCCAAUAGACACGAUAGAGAUGACAAUGGACCGGCCACAUAUUCCAAAUAAAAAACAAUUAACAGACUAUGAUGAAAUAAAGUAGGAGCAGGGCAUUUAAAUGGAACUCAUAAAACACACAGAGUUGUGGGGCAGAACAUCCUAUUUGGAGGGCAUGAACUCCAUUAGCCGAAAACGUUGAGGGGAUCUUAAAUAUCAUGCUCAACCUAUUCACCAAAGGUGUAGCGGAAAAGCCAGGUUUUGAGGUUCUUUUUAAAUGUUUCCAGUGAAGGGGAAACAGGUUUUUGGAACUUUUCCUUCCAGUUUUCAGUUACAGCCAUUUAUGUAAGUCGACUGGCACACACAAACAACAUCCUGGUUUUGGACAAAAGAUUGAUUUUCAAAAAUUCUGUGCAGUGUACAUUUUUUUAUCUACACAAUAUCUGUUCCAUACCUGCCAGUUCCUUACUGUGAAGACAAAAUCAUUUUUCAAUUAAGGCAACUGCUUUCUUUUCCUUGAAAGAAGAAAUUGUGCAGAUUUUUCAACUUCAUUUUCAGCAGUAGACACAUGUUGCAUAAGAGUAUUGAAAAGUAUUAUUUUUAUAUGACUUAGAGGUAUAUCAUUCAAAAUGUUAAACAUAAACCUAUUUUUCAACAUUGGUUUUUGACAAACAUAUUGCUGCUACUUAACAGUUUUACCAAAAACAAAAUGAAUAACUAAUGUUUUGUGUAAAUACAUAUUAUAUUUUAUUAUGAAGAAUAUGAUCACGGGGUUGAUUCUGCAGAGGUUAACAUAGUGGAGCAAAAUUACGGCCGCACAGACUUGUUUGCAGAAUAUCAUCACCCAAUAUUUUAAGCUAAUAUCCUCCUUAUAAAAAUGUAUGCAAGGUACAGAUUGAUGAUGCAAAUCGUUUACUCUGAUUUCCUUUUAGGAGAAAUGUUGUGAAGAAUUUUUAGCUAUUUAUACAUGUUAGAUACUGCAUUAUUUGCAUAUUAUCUAAAUUUACAUUUUAGCAUGUUAAUAUUUUAUACAAAGCAUAUAUUUUUUUAAAAAGGAACCAGUCCAUCAGCUAGUUCUCCUGUUUAGGUCCUAUUAAAGUACGGUAAAUGGGAUCUGGUAAAGCACAGUAGUGAUGGUGUUCAGUUCCCAUUGUCUGGAAUCCUGUUGUUAAAAAUCCGUAAAAGUUCAUUUUUGCAUGUUCUUGCACUUUCUCAAGGCUCUCAUGUGGACGAGACAAAGGGGAAGUAGAAAGCUGCCAUCUCUGAGAUCUGAUUCUGCCAUGGCUGCUGUUCAGGGAAGGAGCCUGUGGAGCUAAGGUGCUCUUGGAGGAGUAGGCAGUGCCGUUUUCCUGUCCCUCGCAGUUACCCCAAACCCACAGAAACCCUUGGGCCUGAGGGCUGCCUCCCCACCUCCAGAGCCAUUCAUAAGUGUCUUGGAGCAGGUAGCUUUUUCCUACCACUGUCACCACUUCUGAUUGUUCCUUCUUCAGUGCUACUGUACUCCCAGUGAGUUCUUUGUUGCCACAGUCACCUUUGACUUGAAUUCUCGCAUACCAUAUUUUAUCACAUAAUAGUCCAUAAUAGCAAGGAAAAAAAAUCUUUCUUUGAUUCUCCAGUUCUGUUUUUAAAAAAAAAAAAAAAAAAACCACUGUGUAGGAUGGGCCCCAUGGUGGUGCAGCGGGUUAAA